CUUGCUUUUUGGUCCAGGCGUGUUGUGGUUGUGUAAACGCCGCUGGCCUUCUUUUCUGAAUCCAAAAUUCCGGUGAACUGUUACCGGAAUUGUACAUAUCUGGAUCUACGACUGCCUCUAGGACAUGCUGAACCUUCUGCGACGGCGUCCGGCGUCAGUGCCCCUCAUCCGGGCCGCGUUUAGCGCUCCUUUGCACACAGCUGAAAGCCGACCAGGUUACAUAGUGCUAGUUCCGGAAAUUGGCGAGGAGGGUCCGCUGGGCGAGGGCGUGCUCAAACCCGACGGACUGCCCGCCUUCAGUGACAUCACCAUCGAAAUGUGCCUGGGCGCCAUUGGCCAACAGGCGUCGGCGGUCGAGAACUCUGUGAAAGCGCUGGAGAGUGACCUGCAGAAUGGCAAGCAGCUGGAUGCAGGCGGCAUCUUCCGGGAGCUGGACACUGUCACAGGGCCUCUGGAAACGACAUGGGGUGUGGCCAAAGCACUGUACCUGGGUAAUUCCACGCUGAUUCCCACCAAAUCUUACAUGAACAUCCACGAGCGGGCGCGUAAUGCCCGGGCGGCAAAGUUCUGCAACCGUACGGUGUACAAGGCUCUCCAGGAUGGAUCCGCCGAAUCCGGGCCGGACGAACAGCGCCUGCGGCAGAAAUUCCUGCUGGAAGGCAAGCUUAACGGGCUCACCCUAGACAAAGAUAAGCAGGACGGGCUGAAGGAGCUGCUGACCCAUUUGGGUCGCGAAAGGGCUAACUUUAAAAACAAGGUCAACAUGGCUGUACACUCGUUCGGUCAAGUGAUUACCGACUUCAACCUCGUAAGGGAUUUCCCGCCUCCUCUUCUAGAGGCAACGGCACGUGAUCCCGGCCAGCCGCUGGAAGGUCCCUGGAAGAUUACGCUCCAGCCUCAAGUGGUCGACGGUUUUCUAAAGCACUGCCCUGAACGACUGCAGCGCUGGAACGUUUGGCGGGCCAGCGUUCUAAAGGCUUCCUCGCAGCAGGAAAAAUCGCUGGAGAACAGCACGCACUUAGAAAAGAUUCGCGGAUUACGCAAGCGACAGGCGAAUCUUUUAGGCUACGCCAACUUUGCGGACAUGUCCAUGCAGACAAAGAUGGUGGGGAGCGUGGACAACCUGAAGCAGAUUUUUGCCAAGCUACUGAAGUUCGCCGGCCCUGCCCAAAGUGUCGAGCUGGAUAAGCUGCAGAGAUUCGCUCAGGACAGUGGCUGUGACUACAAACUGGAGGCAUACGACGUCGCCUACUGGCGUCGCAAGCAGCUGAUGGCGGAGCACGGUCUGCAGGAGCAGAAGCUUAGCGAGUUCUUUCCUCUGCCCCGUGUAAUAUCUGGAAUGUUUGCGCUAAGCGAGAAUCUCUUCGGCAUCCAGAUAGUGGAGCAGCCAAAUGCGGAAGUGUGGCAUCCUGCCGUGAAGUUCUACGAUGUGUUCGAUGCUGAUUCGAGUAAUAGUUCCACUCCGGUGGGCGGCUUCUACGUUGACUGCUACUCCAAGGAGCACAAGUUCGGCAGGAACAACGGCUGGAUGGUGGGCAUACGGAAUAGCAAUAGAUCCGCUGGUUUGACGCCCCUCUGUGCACUGAUCUUCAACUUUUCGGAGCCGCUGAGAAGUUCAGCGGAUGGUAGACCCCCACUCCUGGGCUACGAUGAUUUGCAAAUGCUGUUUAAGACUUUCGGAAGCGGACUGCAGCACCUGCUCACACAGGCGGGCUAUAGUGACUUGGCGGGACUCUCGAACAUUGAGUGGGAUGCCUCGCAGGUGUCCGGUCAUGUGAUGAGUAACUUCCUGGACGACCCCACUGUGAUCAGAAGCCUGUCCGGGCAUUUUAGCAGCGGCGAGCCUUUAGAAGCUGAGCUUUCCCAAAAGAUGCGACUGUUAAAGACCCAGCUGGCCGGGUAUAAUCUCUGCCAAGACUUGUACUUGGCGGAUCUUGACGUGGAGCUGCACCGCUCGAAUGCCUUCUGGCUGGAGAUUGUGCGCAAGCUAUGGCCCGUAUAUCACAGCAUGCCGCUGGACAAGAAGGACGCGCACCCUUGCUCCCUCACGGACAUUUUUGCCGGAGAUUGGGCGGCCGCCCAGUUUAGCCAUCUGUACUCCCGCCUUAUAGCCGCCGACAUAUCGAGCAGCUUUGCAGAGCAGCGAAGCGAGAAGAACUACGCGGAGGUUGGCCGGCGCUACAAGCAGACUUUCCUCAGCUCCGGCGGAUCCGUUCCCACGGCGGAAGUAUUCCGCCGCUUCCAGGGUCGCGAUCCCUCAGGCGAGGCUCUCCUCAAGUCCUUGGAUAUAUUCGAGCUCUCCCAAACCACGGACAGCAAUUAAGGGUCAUGCCCUGAACCGCAAAAACAUUAUCUUCUGUGUGUAGUCAACUGAUAAGCCUGAUCGAUGGGAGUGGUCGACUCAUUUGGCACUAAUUCUUAGGGGAAAGUAAUCGUUGGAGUAUUUGAAACACUUUUACUAUAGGUUUUAAAAUAUAUUUUGUUAAAUAAUGUUAAAAGGUAAAAAAAUACAUGUACUUAUUUAAAGUAUAUUUAAAUUUAAUUUUGUUCAAUGGCUUUAAUAAUGUACAAUGUUAUAUAUAGCAUAUUUACAAUGCCAAACUAUUUGCAAAAGAAUUUUUUACUUUCCCCCUAAGAUUAUUUAGUCGUCAGGUCGAUCUAGCCAGUGGCAGUCGGAUUAUGUGAUAGCGAUCGCGUGAGUCAGGCGGGAUCUUAUCGCAGGUGUGCAGGUGGUGUCGACAGCCGGCAUCGUUUAACCACCCAGAUAAAACACAAAAUUGUUGCUUUAUUUAAAUAAUACUUUAAUAAUAAAUUGCAUAAAUUUAUAACA